AUGAACGAAUCAUCGACCAAUGUAACAGCUGCACUUCAGUAUCAAAACUUCUUCCCCAUUCCUAUGAUCAAGAAUGUGAUUGUUGUCGUUCUCGGAAUCUGCAUCAACUACAUUAAUGGAAUCCUCAUUCACACCUUCCACAACCAUCAGAUCUUCUACAUGAAUCCUCGAUACAUCCUUUUCAUUCACCUGGUCAUCAACGAUAUGAUCCAACUGACCCUGACUGUCUCAUUAGUUGUCAUCAGCUACACAAUUAACAAAAUCAGUGUGUCUGUGUGCUGCAUCCUCACCCUACUUGCUGUGAUCACCACUGAAAACAGCCCUCUGAACCUAGCUUGCAUGGCGGUGGAGCGCUACGUCGCCAUCUGCCAUCCCCUUCACCAUUUACAGAUCUGCACCGUCAGGAGAACGCUGAUACUGGUCGGAUUAAUGUGGGUAACAACCAGUGUGUCUGCUCUACCUGACCUGUUUAUCACCUUGGCCACACAGCCACUGAGCUUCUUCCACAGCCAAUUGCUUUGCCUCAGACAAAACGUCUUUCCAAAUCCAAUCAUUGUCCAGAAGAUGGACGUCACAUAUACAGUGUAUCUAGUCAUUAUCUGGUUCAUUAUUUUUUACACAUAUUUCAGAAUUCUGUUCACGGCAAGAACAGCGAGCAAAGAUGCUAAGAAAGCCAGAAACACCAUCCUCCUCCAUGGGUUUCAGCUGCUGCUGUGCAUGGCAAUGUAUAUAUACCCUCAGUUAUUAAGUGCACUGACUCAAUGGUUUCCUAAGAAUUUUGCAGACUCCUCGUUUGUUUGCUAUGUCAUAGUACAGGUCCUGCCCAGAUCCAUUAGUCCAGUCAUCUACGGCGUACGAGACAAUACUUUCAGGAAGUACCUGAAAAAACACAUGUUUUUUAGGGCAGGACACUCUAAUAAACCACUAUAA